AUGUCUGAAGAUAGCUCAGAACAUGAAACUUGGAACAGGCGAACCAACGAAUUGAUUCAAAAACUUCGAAUUACUGGAGAUACAGAAAGUGUUGUAGUAGAACGAAAAGACGCGUUUUUUUAUUCUCAGUCUCCUUCCCCCCGAAAGGAACUAUCAAAGAAUAAAAUUAGUAGUGUUAAAACAACUCGGGUUAAACAAAAUAAUGUUAAAUUGACGCGUAUCACUUCAACUACCAAUACACCAACGUUAUUUUCAUUUUUCGCACCAAAAUUAUCAUCAAACGAAACAAUAGAGAAGAAUAAUAAAAGUAUAAAUAUUACGAUUGAACGAGAAAACAGUUUAUCUAAUAAUAAUAUUAAACGUAUAAAAUGUGAUACGGAAUCAAUGAUUAAAGAAGAAAAUGAAAUACUUAAUGUUAAAAAACGCUCAAUUCAAUCAAGAUAUUGGAAUUCGACUGAAGAAAAGCAACAAUUAAAAGGAACUUAUUUGAAUGAAGAGAAAAAUAAUAAAGAUAAAAAAUCUCUUUGUAGCGAAGAAGAUCAAAAGAUGAAAUUAACUCAUGAUGAAAUGAUUAUUGACGAUGAGAACUGUCCUAUUUGUGAAACGCAUCAAAUAUACAUGUCAAUAAUUGUCUUGAUGGUUCAUCAAAAUUAUCCUAAUGCAGAAGUAAUUCAAGAAUCAUUCAUGUAUAGCAGGAAUGAAAAAGAACCAAGAAAUAUUGAACGUAAAGAAAUAGAAUCAUUUGUUGUUGAGAAACAAGAUCGAUUCGCUAAGCCUCAAUCUAGAAAAGAGUGCCCAUGGUACAAAAAAUUACCAGGCACGAGCAUAACGAUGGAUGCAUUUAAAUAUGGCAAAAUUCCACAUUGCACUGCCUACUUUUUGAGCCACUUCCAUUCGGAUCAUUAUGGUGGAUUAACGUCAAAGUGGUCUCAUGGACUAAUUUACUGCUCCACAGUUACUGGUAAUUUGGUGGUCCAACAAUUAAAAGUGGCACGUCAUUUUAUUCGCAAACUUCCCAUGAAUGAAGAAGUUUGCAUAGAUAAUAACAAUGGCAUUACAGUCACUUUGAUUGAUGCCAAUCACUGUCCUGGAUCAGCAAUUUUCUUGUUUAAAUUGAAGAAGGAAAACGGACAAAUCAAACGAUAUCUUCAUACCGGUGAUUUUCGCGCUUGUCCACGGCAAGUUCUUCAUUCAGCUAUUACACAACCUCAAAAUCCUGUAGUUGAUAUCUUAUAUCUUGACACUACCUAUUUAAAUCCACAAUAUUUUUUUCCUGCUCAGGAAAUAGUUAUCAAUGCUAUGAUUAAUUUAGUUUGUAAAGCGGUUAAGAGGGGUGAACUGAUUCAAAUGAAACGUAACAAUGGUAAUAACCGUCAAGGUAAAAAUAAACAGCUUCAAUCGAACAAAUCGCAACUUGCAUUGGAUAAAUGGGUUAAAAAAAUACCAGAAAUUCUUAAACCUGAACAAUCGGAAAAUGAGACAAAAUCAAUGGACGCCGGAGAAUCUGAUUCUAAUAUGAAAGAAGAUAAUUUCAUUGAUGAUGAAAAUAUUGAUAUCGAAGAAUUGAAAUUAAAGAAUAGUAAAAUUCUAGUUGUAGUUGGUACAUACUUAAUUGGCAAGGAGAAGGUCUUUUUUGGUAUUGCAAAGGCUCUCCAGACUAAGAUUUAUGUUACAUGUGAGAAACGAAAGAUGCUUAUGUGCCAGGAAAUUUCCGGCCUUGAAUCACUUUUGACGAACGAUCCACAUCAAGCAUAUGUACACGUUGUAUCCCUUACAUCAAUCAAACCCGAUAUUCUUUGUGCAUAUCUUGAAAGUCUUCAACCAUCAUUUAAAUCUAUCAUGGCUUUUCGUCCAACUGGAUGGACUUAUAGACCAACGGAAGGACAAAGGUUUUCAACUUCUUCUACAACCGAAGAGAUCCUUAAUGCAUCCACUCCGUUCACUAUUGAUACUAUAAGACCCACAUAUUCCACACCAACAUGUCAGAUAUUCGGAGUGCCUUAUUCUGAACAUUCAAGUUUUAGAGAAUUGGCCGCUUUUAUAAUGUCAUUGAAUGUUAAACAAAUAAUACCGACAGUUAACAUUGGGUCUGAGAAAAGUCGGGAAAAUAUGAAUUAUUGGCUUGAUAGAUGGCAAAAUGAAAAGAAUAAGAAAGAAAUUAAAGUAGUGCCAUACGAUGUUGUGGAUCAUUGGUAG